GAGAGAGAGAGAGAGAGAGAGAGAGAGAGAGAGAGAGAGAGAGAGAGAGAGAGAGAGAGAGAGAGAGAGAGAGAGAGUCUGCUGUGGUUGUGUUGGAAAUCGGACGACAUGAGCUCUACAUGAACCGUGUAAAAUGCUUUAAGACGCUUUCGGCGUUUGUCUUACAUAAGUGUAAACCAAGGACGAGCCUGAAGCGGAGCUAUACUUCACGAACAGGUGUAACACUGUCUUAAGCCUGAGGGGGGCAGAAUGCCGGAGCAGAGCAACGACUAUCGUGUGGUGGUGUUCGGGGCAGGUGGAGUGGGGAAGAGCUCCCUGGUCCUGCGUUUCGUGAAGGGCACCUUCAGGGACACCUACAUCCCCACAGUGGAGGACACCUACCGCCAGGUGAUCAGCUGCGAUAAGAGCGUGUGCACCCUCCAGAUCACCGACACCACAGGGAGCCACCAGUUCCCGGCCAUGCAGCGCCUGUCCAUCUCUAAAGGCCAUGCCUUCAUCCUGGUCUACUCCAUCACAAGCAAACAGUCCCUGGAGGAGCUCAAACCCAUAUACCAACAGGUCUUGGCAAUAAAGGGCAACGUUGAGGCCAUCCCCAUCAUGCUUGUGGGCAACAAGAGCGAUGAGACCCUGCGGGAGGUGGAGACCAAGGACGGUGAAGCCCAGGCCAACCAGUGGAAGUGCGCCUUCAUGGAGACGUCGGCCAAGACCAACCACAAUGUAACCGAGCUCUUCCAGGAGCUCCUCAACCUGGACAAGAAGAGGAACAUGAGUCUCAACAUCGACGGCAAGCGCUCAGGGAAGCAGUCCCGCGCUGAGAGACUGAAGGGCAAAUGCAGCGUGAUGUAAAUCCAGAAGAGGAGGAGAGGGGAGGUUGAGAGGGGGGGGGGGGGAGAAAUACAGAGAAAAAGGAGGAAGAGAAGGAAGACAAGAGGAGGGACUCACUACAUGUUCUCAGAGCAACACGUCUGGAAGGUAACAGGAAUCUCAUCAUCCAUAUCCUCCUCCGUUUGACUGGUGCGAUCGCAAACACAACUCAGCAGUUAUUUAAAAAAAACAGGGUUUCAGUUCGGAGCUUUACAUCCAUCUUCAUUCUGCUAAAAGGAGAAAUGAGGGUGGACUGACGCGGAAUAUCGAGAGGCAAAUUGUAAACACGAAGUGCGUGUCAAAGAUGAAUUACCUAUGGACGUCGACAAGGGAGCAACAUGUGGACCUUUGCAUCAUCCAUGUGCCACAAAACCUGGCUGAGGAGCUCAUCACGACCUUGGACUGCAAUAAAUACAACAGACUGCAGCACCCCGUGAAAAAAAAAAAAAAGACUGAAGGUUCCUGAUCAACACUAAACAUUUAGUGUCCUCUCUCACUUCUACAUCCAACCCCUCCCUCCCUGCUCAGCUCACACCCCUCGUCAUCCCAGCAGCCUCACCCUUCGCAUACCGCCAUAUUAUAACAACUAUGAGAAACGUAAUGUAUAUGUUACAGAGUCGAUAAAGUUAGUUAAGCUCACUCAUCUAGUGGAAACGCUACUGUAAGAGGCCGUCAUGCUAGAAUGUGCAGGACUCGAAGGCGUGAGACUGCUCGCGUGAACACUGUUCAAGCAGCAAAACAUGGCAACCCUGCUCCAUCCCAGAGGACUCUGAUGUAAAUACACAUGGGGUAUUUAAAUGUUUUCCAUCUAGUCUGCACAUGCCCCGCCCAAACUGGCACAUCCUUCACAAGUCAAAGGGUUAGGUUUGAAGCAUUAAAGCUUAAUCUUCUCAUCCCUUCAUCUUAAUCCUCCGUCCAGAAAGAUAAAAAAAAAAAAGACCCUUUACCUUUUAUCAAACUGUCAUUAUACUAAAAAUCUGCAAACUCUCAAAAC